UGACCAUAUUGUGUGGGACUGCCUAGAUGUCCCCGCAGAAGAACAAGAGGAGCAACCAGGAAGAGAGACUCCUGCGUAACUUGGAUUAUCUUCCUUCUCCCCUUCAAAGUGGAAAACAUCCGCCAGAAAACCCAGUGAACCUUUCCGUAAAGAUUUCAUCCGUGGGGAAGGUAUGGUCAAACCCACCAGCAUCUUACUGAAAAAGUCCCACAGUAAUCAGGCAACCCUUGUACCACAAAACCACAAAAUAUUCAUGGAGGAAGCAUAUAACACAGCCAUCUGUUUUAAGCUUCUCCGGGACUUGGGGAGUUCUGACAUUUCCCGAGUGAAAAUGGUAACCAAGAAACUCAACAACAUGGCUAAAGCAGAACAGAACAUGGUAUUGGAAACCAUCAACGAUUACUUUGUGGACAACUUAGAGAUUUCUGCCAGGCAUAAGUACCGAUUAUUCCAGAUCCUUGAGAACAUCAUCCUUGAUGCUACAUAUAUCCAAGAAGACUGGGGAGAAAGAUUUAUUGGACUUGCUUUGGAAAAUAUGACCAAGACCACAGAACUAGAAGAUAUUUAUCAGGAUGCUGCCAGCAACGUGCUCUUGGCUAUGUGCAAACACUCUUGGAAUCUAGUGUUCAGCAAGCUCGAGGAAGAUUUCCUAACUGGCAUUUUCCCCCAUCGCAGCCUUCUCUAUGUGAUGGGCAUCAUCUCCACCAAUGAUAAACUACUUACUCCUGCACAAAGAGAUCAUUGGCAAGAGCAAUUGAUUCAGAUAGGAGCCAGGUCUGUUCAGUUCUUAACAGUAGAUGGAUGGGCAAAGUCACUAAUGCUUGCUGUCAUGAAACCUGACCGGACUUACUUGGAGCAAAAUCCUGAAAAGACUUUCCUGUUCAUCUACUAUGGAAUGAUUCUACGAGCAGCCAACAACAGCUCCAUGAUCAGAAAACAUUUAAGAUCACUUUUGGACACAUCCCAUCAGUCCCUGCAACAGAGAGAGGGAAUUGCCCUCACCAUAGGAUUAACAGCAGCACGACAUCUGGAUGAUGCUUGGGCAGUCCUGGACCAAUUUGGCCGGACAGGACCUUUAAAGCGGACUCUUAACAACUUUAGUAUUAAGGAGGAAGAGGACCCAAAGUGGAAGUGGGCCAGCAGUACCAUCCUUCUCUCCUAUGGGCAGAUGGCAGCCAAGGCUAAAGAGAAUAUUCUUCCUUGGGUGGACAACAUCUCCUCGAGAAUGGUCUUCUACUUUCGCAGUAGCUACUGGGAUGACACCCUCAAGCAGAGCUUCCUCGAGGCCACCCUGUUGCUAGUGGGAUCCAUCAGCAGGAAUGAGGGAGCCCACAGUUAUGAGUUCACCCAGGUGCCUGAGCUGAUCGACAGCCUUUUGGUGCUGAUGAAGAAAGAACCCCAAGACACACUCUGUACCACAACUCGACAGCAGGUCAUGUGCGCCAUAUCAGGACUUUGCAAACUGAGACCAAUGUUGGAUGCCAAAAGGAAAUCCAAGAUUCUCUUCACAUGCUUCCAAAGUGUGUUUAAACUUCCACUGAAAGAGGCUCUGGAAAAACAUACCUGUCUCCUGGCAGACCCUCCUGAUAUACAGAAACUCUACAUGGACACCAUGAGUGCCUUAGAUGACCUUCUCCAGAGCUUAAUCACAGAGAAUCCCAAGCCAGAAGAACUUCACUACUUGCUAGGGCACAUGUACAGCUGGCUGGUCUCAGAGAAGGUUCAUGAGCGUCAACGGGCAGUUAGAAGCUGCAUGGUUCUCCUCAAGUAUCUGGCACAGAAAGCCUGCUUGGAUACAACAGAGGAAUUUGGAAGAAUUGGGCACCUUUUGGGCACACUGGCCAUGUUAUGUCAGGAUCCAGACAAAGAAAUACAGCAGAUGGUGCUUGAAGCAAUUAAUUACCUAUACCAAAUCCUCCUAUAUCAGAAAGGCUUGGAGACAUCUGUCCUUUUCAGAAAUGUGGAGCACAGCGAAGAAACCCAGAGUCUCUCAAUACAGGAGCCAAUACCUAUGCCGGAGAUUCCUGUCAAUCCCACCACCCACAUUAUUAAGGAGUUUGCAAAGAAUUUAUCUCUGUCUCAGAUGAAAGAUCUCAUCUGGACAGUGAUAGAUGGUCUAAGGAGUAACUUGGAUUUCCAAACAGAAACUGCAGGGGAUAUGCUCAUUGUCAUCCUAGAAGACUUUGGCCCUCGAGUGGAAAAGGUUUCAGACAUCAGCCGGACCCUCUAUUGUCACUUCAUCUCCAUUGAAGCAGUGAAUAUCAAGAAAAAAAUCCUGAAGGCCAUCACCCUGAUAUCUAGAUACCACACCCAGGACCUAGUGAACUCCUUUCUGGAGUAUUCUCUCCCACUGGACCGUGAAACCAUCAAUCUUUGGCGGGCCAUGGGGGCAGAAAGACUGACAGCCCCCAAAGUGCUCCAUGAGCUGCUCAUCAAGCUACAGGAGCGGCCAACUCCAGGACAAGUCAAAGGCGCCACGGAGAUUAAGAUCUACCUGGAUUCACUAGCUGCCAUGAAUACACUCUAUGAAAUUCAGUAUUCCCGUGAAUACAAAGAAGCUGUACGGAACUGGUAUCCACAGCUCCUUCUGGGUCUCCUAACUCAGCUUCACUACCUCUUUGAGCUCAGCAUGGCUGAAUCACCCAAGAAAAGUGAGCUGGCAGAGGAUGCAGAAACAAUAGCCAGCCCCCAGAGAACCUCUCUGAAUUCUGUGAAGAGUCUUCUGUACACCAGUGGCCACUGGAAGGAUUUUGCACACUUAGAGCUACAAGAAGCCUGGAAUCUGUUCACCAACUUUGAAACCUACCAUCAAGGGGUGACCCUCAUUGCCAGGGCCAUGGUACAGAAUUCCUGCAGCCAAGUCAAAGCACUCCUUUACCAGACCAUCUCGAAUAUGGAGGCCAAACCAGAGCGUGACAAGAAGGUGGCCAGCCUCUUUUUCACAGAGUUUCUCAACAGCCCCGUGAUACUGGAGGAGCUACCUAAACAGGCCAUAUUGUCACACCUUCAUCAAGGGCUGACUGAUCUCAAUCCUGCCAUCCGAGUGAUGAGCCUGCAAGGUCUCAAGAACGUCAUCUUUGACUCUGAGAAGGGUAAUCUUCUCCGGGCCCAACUGCCUGCCUUUCUGGAGGGUUUCUACAGCGAAAAUGAGCAGGUAGUCAUCAGGGUAAUGAGCACAGUGGCUGAUGUAUUGUACUGCUUGGGCCAACAAGGGGCUGGCCACCAGUGCCAAGAGAUCGCCUUUAAUCUUCGCAACUUCUUUGAUGAUGAACGAGAUAAUGUCAGAGCAUCGGCUAUCUCACUGUUUGGAGACCUGGUGAUUUCCAUGGAGGGAAAGGAUCCCUACACUAUGAAGCCCCAGGUGCACCAGAGCUUGAUUCCCCUUCUCGUGCACCUGAAGGACAAGUGCCCAGCAGUUAUAACGAAAUGCAAAUUCGCUUUCUACCGUUGCGCUGUAUUCUUGAACUGGAAGCUCCGCCACACUCUAUUUUGUACACUGGCCUGGGAAGAAGGACUCACUGCCCGCCAUUUUCUCUGGACCUCUCUGAUGGAGAAUGGUGAAGGAGAAUUUCCAGUGCACCUCUCACAGGCUCUCAAAUAUCUCCAUAGUCCCCAUCGAAACCUCAAACUUUCAGCGGCCUUGUUCAUAGGCUACACCAUCUGUUAUUAUCCUGAUGCUAUCUUCCAGAAAUCGAGUGAAAUUGACUUGACCUUGUUCUAUUCCACUUUAGAAGAACUCAAGCAAGAUCCUGAGCAGACCUUCAGGGACUUCGCCACAAGGCACUCCAUCUUCCUUGAGGGUGCAUCCAAACAGAUGGUCUAACCUCAUUUCUAUCCCAUAUGACCACCUUCUUUCCUCCCUGUCUGAUGUCUCCAUUCCUUCUAGGCACCUUCCUUAUUCCCAAAUUGUUUUUUGUUUAAUUGCUCUGCUUUUUUUGAUUUAAAAGAAAAAAAACUAGGUUCAAA